UCAUCUAUAGAGGGCAUGCUUAAACCAGUGAUCAGGGCGAAGGUGGUUGGAAAGAAAGUGGUGUCUAACGCCAUCAAGUAUGACAUCCAACAGAUCAAGAUGUUCAAAUGCCCUAACCAGGUUAUCCACGCCAUCUUCACUGCAUCAUCCCCAGCCGCAUGCGGGGUGACUCUGGAAAUCAACAAGGAGUAUCUCUUCACAGGUAAGAUGGAGACUGGAAGGAUGUACGUAACGCUGUGUGGCUAUAAUCCACUCUGGGAGGACUUGAGUGCUUCACAAAAGAACAGCUUGACUCGCCGCUACAAAAGCGGCUGCGAUUGCAAGAUCAUCCACUGCACUUCCCUCCCCUGUCCGAUCAGCACCACAGAUGCGUGCCUGUGGAUGGACUGGGGGACUAACAAUAGCCAAAACCUUGCCUGUAUCAAGAGCGAUGGGUCUUGUGCUUGGAAGUAGUUCCUAGAUAUUGAGGACUCCUAUACUCUACAGGCCAUCCGCUCUGUGACUAGAUGACUAAAUUCUAAAAUAAAAAACAAAGCUGCAAAUGGAAUAUGAUUUAAAUUAACCAAAAUGUCUUACUGGCCACUUAUACAAUAAAAGUAAACAAAUCAAA